AUGCAUUUCUCAGCAGUCACCGCCGUUGUUCUCGCCGCUUUGUGCACUGGUACUCAGGCUUGGCAAGUCACCGCCUACAACAAUGUCGGCAACUGCAAGGCCAACCGUCAAAGCACUUACCGUGUCAUCUCUGGUGCUACCAACAACGACAAGUGCAUCACCUUUGACGGAAACAUGCCUGACACUAGCUGCCGCCAGUACAACAACGGUGGCACCAGCAAUGGCGGUUGCUCCGGUUCCUUGAUUCCUCGCUCCAUGAUCACUGAAGCUGGGCGAUGUGUUGUUUAUGACCAGCCUAACUGCAAGGGUCGAUACGAGGACAGCAAUGGUCCUACCAACAGGGCUUGCACCACGCUGGAACGCUACAACUGGGGUCCCAUCCGGUCUUUCUGGUGCACUGGUUGUCUAUACUAA